UUUAUUGCUUCGACAACAUGGCGCUCUCCAAUGCUAUGUCAGUGUGUUGAAGCGAUUAAACAUUUUUUAGCUGUCAAAGCGUGAUUCGCGCAACGUGUAGAAAGGAAUCUGAGAUCCGAUUCGAUAACCUUCGCUUACGAUAGCCCUGCUUUAUAGUAGGCCAAAUCGCGGCGACAUCGCGAGGCAUGUUUGGGUCGGCAGGCACGUCAGUAAACUUCGGCGGCGGAGUCGGCAUGUUUUCAGGAGCGGCGGCAACCGGCACGCACAAUCCGAUGAAGGAUUUCGAAGUCGUCUCUCCUCCGGAGGACUCCAUCAGUAGUAUGGCGUUCAGUCCGGCAUCCCUGCCUCAAAACUUCCUCGUUGCUGGGAGCUGGGACAAUCAGAUCAGGUGUUGGGAGGUGCAGAGCACGGGACAGACCAUUCCCAAAGCACAACAGACGCAUCAGGGACCCAUUCUCGACGUAGCUUGGAGCGACGAUGGAAGCAAGGUCUUCUCCGCCUCCUGUGACAAAACUGUCAAGAUGUGGGAUCUGAACAGCAAUCAGGCCAUGUCAAUAGCUCAGCACGAUGCGCCGGUGAAAACGGUGCACUGGGUGAAAGCCCCGAAUUACAGCUGCAUCAUGACAGGAAGCUGGGACAAGACGCUCAAGUUCUGGGACACGAGGACGCCUACGCCAAUGCUCACCAUUAACCUUCCAGAACGUUGCUACUGCGCUGACGUUGUGUACCCCAUGGCUGUCGUCAGCACGGCGGGCAGGCACAUCAUAAUCUACCAGCUCGAGGGCCAGCCCCAAGAGUACAAAAAGAUCGAGUCGCCGCUCAAGUACCAGCAUCGGUGUGUUUCCAUAUUCCAAGACAAAAAGGCUCAGCCCAAUGGCUUCGCCCUUGGAAGUGUUGAGGGCCGCGUGGCCAUUCAGUACGUGAACCCCCAGAACCCCAAGGACAACUUCACGUUCAAGUGUCACCGUGCCAACGGCACGACAAAUGGCUUCCAGGAGAUCUUUGCGGUCAAUGACAUCGCAUUCCACCCCGUUCACAUGACGCUAGCCACGGUAGGCUCAGACGGCAAGUUCAGCUUCUGGGACAAGGACGCCCGCACCAAGCUGAAGACGUCCGAACAGAUGGAGCAGCCGAUCACCCGCUGCUGCUUCAAUGCGCGGGGUGAAAUAUUUGCCUACGCGGUCAGCUACGACUGGUCAAAGGGCUACGAAUUUCACAACCCUCAGAAGAAAAACUAUAUUUUCCUGCAUUCCUGCUUUGAGGAACUCAAGCCAAGGGUCAAAAAGUGAUUGCCUUCAAUCAGUCUCCCCGGCAAAACAUGUGUUCUCAAAUAAACAGUCCAAUCAGACAAACCUGUGCUGACCGAAAUUCACAACUUUUUAAUAAUCGUGUAAAAACAACAAAAUACUUCACAGAAAAACAAGUUUCCAGCAAUAUAAAGGGUGUGUACAUAAUAUAUCUGUUCUGUGGUAUCAAAUAACUGUACAAAAAUUUUUUUU